UGCCACGUAGCCGCUUCUGCUCGGUGCCAUCCUCUCUCUCCUCUCACUACUCCCCACUCUCCCCAUCUCCUUCUCUCUUGGAUUCUCUCAGAUUCCAUGGAAGCUUCAAAAAGCUGAUUCGUGGAGCAGUUUUUCCUUCACUCUCAGAUUCUGGAUCCGUGCUCCUGCAUUGGAGAAACUGAUUAAGUUAAGACCUGCCUGAUGGUAUGCAGCAGUUUCAUAAGGAGUGUCAUUGUUCAGGCUGGUCAUAUUGGGGUUUUGGCUCAAGGAAGACAUCAGUUUAGCCAUAUUAAGAAGACCUUUAGUUUUGGUAAGAAGACCUUUAGUUUUGGUAUCGAAUUUAGAACCAGUGCAGCAAAGAUGAUGGUCGAUUCUUGUUCCGGAGAGAAACGAGUAUCCUUAGUUGAUAUGCCGCCUGAGAAAGUUGAUGAUGGCGGAUACAUCGGUGGUGGUUGGAAAAAUGAUGAAGGAAGCUUGAGCUGUGGGUACUGUAGUUUCAGAGGGAAAAGGUCUACGAUGGAAGAUUUCUAUGAUGUCAAAGCUUCCAAGAUUGAUGGCCAAACAGUUUGCAUGUUUGGAAUAUUUGAUGGACAUGGUGGUUCACGUGCUGCUGAGUACCUGAAGGAACACCUCUUUAACAAUCUUAUGAAACAUCCACAAUUUUUGACAGACACGAAGCUGGCAUUAAGUGAAACAUAUAAACAAACUGAUGUAGCAUUCCUUGAGUCGGAAAAGGAUACAUACAGAGAUGAUGGCUCCACAGCAUCUGCUGCGGUGUUGGUGGGGAACCAUUUGUAUGUUGCAAAUGUCGGAGACUCAAGGACAAUAGUUUCUAAAUCUGGAAAAGCAAUCGCGCUAUCUGAUGACCAUAAGCCGAAUAGAAGCGAUGAAAGGAAGCGAAUUGAAAACGCUGGUGGUGUUAUCAUGUGGGCAGGAACAUGGAGAGUAGGUGGGGUGUUGGCAAUGUCCCGGGCCUUUGGUAACAGAAUGCUGAAGCAAUUCGUUGUUGCUGAACCCGAGAUACAAGAUCUAGAAGUAGAUCACGAGGCCGAGUUACUUGUGCUUGCAAGUGACGGUUUAUGGGAUGUAGUACCAAAUGAGGAUGCGGUAUCGCUUGCACAGAGCGAGGAGGAACCGGAAGCAGCCGCCCGCAAGUUAACCGACACUGCCUUUACUCGUGGCAGCGCAGACAACAUCACAUGCAUUGUUGUUAAAUUUCAUCAUGAUAAAACCGAAUCUCCCAAAACCGAACCAAUCGCCAUGGCUGAAACAGAGCAGGAACUGAACACCAAAGCUGAACCAGAACCGGAAUCAAACCUCAAUGCUGAACCGGAAACCGAUUCAAGUCCCAAAGCUGAACUGGAACCGAAAGCAGAAGCUACACCCGAUACAAAACCAGAAACCGAACCAGAGACCAAGGGUGAGAAGCCGGGUGAGUAAAGUAGCUGGGGAAGGUGUGCAAAUCCAUGUGCAAACAGUUGAAUAUAAAAUUGCUUAGUAGUUGUGUGCUUUGUGGCUACAUGUAACGUGUGUGGGGAUUUGUGUUUUGGUUUUGGUUGUGUGUUGCCAUUCACAUGCCUGCCUUGAGGACAACGACAACCAUUUGACCUGUCCUCGAUUUUUGUCUAUUCAUUUUGUUCUAUUUUGUUUGUUGGUGCUUCCCACACCAAAAAAAAACACACACAUUUGUUCUGUUUCUCCCACUUCUUUAAUUUCUAUCUUUAUUAAAAAAAAA